UUCAUUUACAAUUCACUCCACUGCAUGCCAGUGAGCGCGCCGUUUGAAGUGCCAGAACGUGUGUGUGUGUGUGUAUGUGUGUGUGAGUGAGCAGAGAGCACGGCUUAGAGCAGAGGAGAGAGCCAACGGCUUCGGGAAGGCGGUGGAGUGUCCUGCCUCCUCUCGCUGCUUUACACGCAUGCAUCUGAAAGGCAUCAGCAUUUCUGGAUCGGCGCUCAGUCAACAGCUUUGGAGCUCGGGGAGUUUUUCCCCCUAUUGAAGCAACAAUAUUUUGUAGAAAGAGAUUAUAUGGCUACGAGGGAACGGAUUCAACAGACUUCGUGGUCUUUAUAGUUCUAUUAAGUUCCACCAAGUUUUAGACCAGGUUGAAAUAUUGCUCCACCUGGAUAAGUAGCUAUCAUAGUCAGCAAAGGCAAAGAAGACAUCGGUUUGGAGGCGCUGUUUCUUAUGAGUUUGUCUUCAAAUAUAGGUUACGCAAGGAGGACCUGUUUGGUUAACCUAAUACACAGUUUUUUUUCUCUUGUAUCGUAUUUGCGUCAUGACUUCUAGCUAUGCCCAUGUAAUGGACAGACAAGCAACCAUAUCCAGCAGACUGGAGAGUCCCAUUACAGCCAACCUGGAAAACCUGCAAGCCAAAAAGAACUUCUCGGUGAGCCACCUGUUGGAUCUAGAGGAGGCUAGAGAAAUUGUCGGUUCUCAGGCGGACGAAAGUGUUGGCGAAACGGGCAGGACUAUGCUGGAAUCUCCGGGUUUAACCAGCGGCAGUGAUUCAACACAACAGGAGAAUGAGCAGCUGAACUCAGAAGAAAAGAAGAAGCGUAAACAAAGGAGGAAUAGAACCACGUUCAACAGCAGCCAGCUGCAAGCGCUGGAGCGAGUGUUUGAGCGGACACACUACCCAGAUGCCUUUGUUAGAGAAGACCUGGCACGCAGGGUCAAUCUCACCGAGGCUAGAGUUCAGGUGUGGUUCCAAAACAGACGGGCAAAGUUUCGGCGCAAUGAGCGGGCAAUGCUGGCCAGUAAGAACGCUUCACUUCUCAAAUCAUACUCAGGCGAUAUAACGGCAAUGGAGCAGCCUAUCGUCCCCCGUCCUGCACCACGUCCGAACGACUACCUGUCCUGGGGGAGCGCAGCCCCGUACAGCACCAUGGCAACCUACCCACCCUCUUGUGCCAACACCACUUCCACCCAGGGAAUGAAUACGGCCAACAGCAUUGCUAACCUGAGACUGAAGGCCAAAGAGUACAGCCUCAACCAGGUGCUCACUGUCAACUAAGCCUGAAACGAGGGACGAGAUGAGGGGACAAAGAGAAGCAAGAGAUGUUGAGAAGAGAAGAACGCAGAGGAGCUGGAUUAGUUUGGCCUUCUGCAGUGUCAGAUCAGAGUGGAUGUGACUUUUCGCCCCCUCCUAAAACAAUGGAAUUGCAUUGGUGUCCCUCUCAUUUGGCUUUUUUCUUCAUCACAGAUGAAGGUAUGUUUUUGAGAAACUUAAUCUCAUUUUGUACUGAUCUGAAGAUUGUAAAGGCGGCGCAAGGUCUGCUCUUUGGAGAACAAAUCAACGAGCAGGGCUCCGCUAAAUCCGUAAGAAGUGGCAGACGGAGCGUCUGGAUGGUGUAAGCUGUUCUUUCCUUGUUCUUUUUUGGCUUCAUUUUGGGUCGAACCGGACGGAAAGUAAAGACACUUUCAUGGCAAACAAUGGAGGACUGUUGUUCACCAUUCACCACUGAAUGGUUUAAAUUACACAAGAAGUUUAAUGCUGAGAUUUGGCAAAAUAGUGACCCAAAAUGUCUCCACAUCUACAUCCAGUAGAAUUAAGACACAUUUGUGGACUUUAAUCAGUAAAAAUGAGAGGUUUAAAACUAUCAGUGCUGAUGGGAACACUGGGGUCGGAUUACAUCUUUUAAUGUCUUGAAUAUUACACCAGUUUAUAAUAAAUACUGUGCCCCAUGGUGACCAAUGUAUCUGCUCACAGUGCAUUAACACAACUAUGUUUUUUUUUUUUACCAGUUAUAUUUUCCUUCUUAUAUUUGGAAACCAUAUAGUAAUAAAACAUUUUCAAGCAAUAAAUCUUAUACUAUUGUGUUGAAUCCUACAGUUGAAGAGACAUGCAUAUUUGUUUUUGCUGUUUUUGCUAAAUGCUCAUAUUUGACAAACUGUUGCAGGCAACAGUAUUAUUACUUCAAAAUGACCUUACAAAAUAUAUCCGUAUGUUACAUUUCUUGCUUUAUGUUAGUCAAAACACCAA